GGUCCAGGACGAGAGAUGAUUCCGAUCCGGUUGAGCCGGACGCAUCGAGCGUUGCAAAGAAUUACCGGAGGUCGCCACGCUCGACGACCUUGCUUUGACUUUGGGACAGCGACUUGUCGCGGCUUGUUGAACUCGUCCUCGUCGAGCGGCGAUCGUCGGCUGCGCGACGUUACGUCACGUCUCGUUGGUAAAGGGUUAACGAGGCUCGUCACGCCCGGCGGUACUCGCCUCUUCUCCAGGUACACCGCGGCAAACGGACCCACGAGGGAGAGCACCAUCGCGAUGGCGCUCAACAAGCUCAGCAUCGACAAGGUGGAGUUGGCGGAUAAGAGGGUGCUUAUACGGGUUGACUUCAACGUGCCGCUGAAGGAGGGGAGGAUAACGAACAAUCAGAGGAUCGUCGCCGCCCUGGAUACGGUGAGGCACGCCGUCGACAAGAAGGCCAAGUCGGUCGUGCUGAUGUCCCACCUGGGCCGUCCGGACGGCCGUAGGGACGAGAAGUACACGUUGAAACCCGUGGCCGAGGAGCUGAAGACUCUGCUGGGAAGGGAGAUCCUGUUUCUGAACGACUGCAUCGGACCCGACGUGGAGGCUGCUUGCGCCAACCCGGCGCCCGGCACCAUCAUCUUGUUGGAAAACCUGAGAUUUUACGUCGAGGAGGAGGGCAAAGGAGUAGGUCCCGAUGGAAGUAAGAUUAAAGCCGACAAAGACAAAGUCACCAAAUUUAGAGCGUCUCUGAGAAAGCUGGGAGAUGUGUACAUCAAUGAUGCCUUCGGUACGGCCCAUCGUGCCCACAGUUCUAUGAUGGGAGAUGGUUUCGACGUAAGAGCAAGCGGUUUUCUCCUGAAGAAGGAACUCGCGUACUUUGCGAAAGCUCUGGACAAUCCGGAGAGACCGUUCCUGGCUAUACUCGGAGGGGCCAAGAUCGCCGACAAGAUCCAGUUGAUUAAUAACCUCCUGGACAAGGUGAACGGAAUGAUUAUCGGAGGUGGUAUGGCCUACACGUUCUUAAAAGUGUCCAAAGGCAUGAAGAUCGGAAAUUCGCUGUUUGACGAGGAAGGAGCGAAAAUUGUGAACGACCUGUUGGAUAAAGCGAAAAAGAAUAACGUCCAGAUUCACUUGCCGGUGGAUUUCGUGACCGCCGAUAAAUUUGCGGAGAAUGCAGCGGUGGGGGCCGCGGAUGUUGAGAGUGGUAUACCCGAUGGGUGGAUGGGUCUCGACGUCGGCCCAAAAUCAAGAGAUUUGUUUGCAGAACCAAUCAAGAGAGCAAAGGUCAUCGUGUGGAACGGCCCGGCGGGAGUGUUCGAGUUUGAGAACUUCAGCAAGGGUACGAAGAGCCUGAUGGACAACGUCGUCGAGGCCACGACCCGGGGAACGAUUACCAUCAUCGGCGGCGGCGACACGGCGACGUGCGCGGCCAAGUGGAAGACGGAGGAUAAGGUGAGCCACGUGAGCACCGGCGGUGGCGCGAGCUUGGAACUGCUGGAGGGUAAAGUAUUGCCCGGAGUCGCCGCUCUCUCGUCGUAAACCUGUCUUCGAAAACAUUGAUGUAAAGACAAAUCGUUCUGUGACGUUUUAUAUAACGUUCGCCGGUUCUGUAGAAAUUUAACGUUGUAGCGUUCGAAUGUUGGGGUGACCGGGUAUUCGGCGUUGGUGAGAUUAACGUAGAGAUUAACAAGAACAUAUCCAUUCUUUAUCUCUUGAGUUGUGUCAGCGUAAUCGCGUUGCUUCGUUUUUUUUGUCUCGCGAACCCCAGCAUUCUUUCACGAGAAACAUUGAAAUUGUACGUAGAUCACUUAGAUCUCUAUAGUACAAUUAUAUUAGUGUACAGCUGUAGGUGUGAGCUACAAACGCGUGAAAUGUGUAUAUUAUGUGCAGAAUGUAAUGUACUAAGACAAUAUAUAAAUCCAUGUAAAAUCUUGUAUAUUAGCUACUAAGGAAGUAAUUGUAAGGAGAGAGAGACAGUCGCCGUUAUACUAAAUGUAAUCGUCCCUGCACGGUAAAAAGUUCGCUCAUAGUUUGAACACAGACUCUUCGGAUUACUCUGCAUCGUAAAAUGUAAAUAUUACCUUUUAUUUUAAGAAAGAGAGUAAUUAUACAUACUUUCGGUCGUCUGUAAUGUCGAAAAUAAAUACCUAUAGUGUAUAUAA